UGUCACUUUUCGUGUUUAUCCUUUUUUGCAACAUAAGACAGCAUUUCCAUUUGCCUGUUGCAUCGGGUGCAACAGUUCUUUAAUCUUCCUCUCUUCUUGUUCUCCAUUAUUACUUUGUAUAUGGAACGACUUUUGACAAAUCAUACAUUCAUACGAUGUUCAUUUCAUCUACGUUUUAUGUUAACAACGUAGAGAACUAAAAAGAAAUCAAAAUCAUUUUAGGUUUUGUGAAAUUUUCAUAUCCCAAUGCGUUGUGAAUUGUCACAAUCAACAAAUUUGAAUUUCCCGCCCCUCGUUCUAAACAUUGAUUAUAAUAAAUACCAUGUAUACAAAUGUUAUUGUCUACAUUCAAACAACGCAUCAUUCAUGUGACACACAUUUUGGUGUUGGCAACAUUUUUUGUACUCACAAAAAUAUGAAUACGUCUCUUUAACUUUUAUGACUCACAAAAUUUUAAAUAUAAGAAAGACAAUCGCAAGACACAUAAUUAAGAUGGUCUGUACAAUUAACAGAUAAAAUAAUAGUUUUAAAAUUUUCGAGUUGGAUUUGGCUUCUGUGUCCAAGUAUGUUGGUAGCCCGUAUUUGGAAAUAACAAAUAAGUUUGUUGGGUUAUGGACAAAAUGAUACAAUCUAGGUAAUAUACUGAGAAAUUGUGUGUUUUUCCACAAUGGAUAAUAAUCAGGAUAAAAAUGAGGAGAUAAUAAAAGUAAUAAUUGAUAAUGAUAUGAGGGUGAAACAAGAAAAAGGUGAAAAUGCUGAUACCGAUAAAGAAGACGAAGGCGGCGUACCACCUAAAACCGCCAAAGAUCUUUUUUCAGAUUUUCGUCCAGAAUCUGAUAGCGAUUGUCAGUAUGAAGAGUCAUCAGAUUCUGAUUCAGAACCACUGAUGAAAAGGGUUAAAGUUAAGAAGGAAAAGGCAGACCAACCUUCCAAAGACAGAAGUGGUCACAAACCUUAUAAAAAGAAAUAUAAAAAAGAAUGGGAACAAAUCCCAGCACUAAAACCAUGGCUCUCAGAGAGUACGUUGGGGGAAUCAAAUUUUUACUGUAAAUUUUGUAAAAAGGAUUACAGAUGUGGGAAAACCGAAAUAUUUAAACACAUGGCUUCACAAAAACAUUCAAAACAUCUGACAAAACCAGUUUUAAGAGUUCAGAAAAAAUUUUCGUUCCGGGGGUUAUUAUGUCCUACUUUCACACCUUUUGAGAUAACUCGGCCAUUUGAAAUAAAUUGGAAGCUUUUAAGACCAUAUGCGAAAUUUUUGAAAGUGUGUGGAGUGAAGGGCAUACUGAUAAAUGAUAUCAUGGGGGAAGGUCCUUCUCUAACAAUUGCUGAAAGAAAGCAACUGACUGAACAUUGGGCUGAAAUAUGUAAAGACAGUGGACAGUUUUUAAUGGUUCAAAUUGGAGGGGCUCCACUUAGAAAUGUCAUUGAUAUGGCAAUUCAUGCUGAGAGACACAAUGUUGGAGCUGUUGUUUUAUUACCAGAUUUAUAUAACAGGCCAAAAACUCAUUUGGAUUUGAUCCGAUAUAUCAAAAUAGUUGCAGAGAAUUGUAAAGGAAUGCCAAUUUUAUAUCAUCAUCAUCCCAAAUAUACAUUAGUUGACAUAAAUGUUAUGUCGUUACUUCUUGACAUCACAGGAGAAGUAGACUCAUUUGUUGGUGUAAUAUAUAGCACAGAUGAUUUAUCAGAAUCAUUGUCAGCCAUGACCUUAAAUCCCGAAAAGUUUUCUGUUUUCAUGGGAACUGAUGAUUGCAUUUUGGGAGCAGUUUCCAGUGGAUUUACUUGUAUCAUGGGAAAUUGUAUAAAUAUUUUACCUAAACUGGCAGAGUCUCUGUGUCACUGUGCUAAAAACGGAGAAAUUAAAAGUGCCCAAGCUUCCCAAAGCUUAAUGAAGAGAACUUUAGACUAUAUAUAUUCUAAUGGCGAUUCUGUGUCAACAUUAAAGGCUGCAAUGAGUAUCAUCUCUAAUUUACCAAUGGUUACUACGCGAGAACCGUUACAAACUGUGUGGGAGGGAACAAUUAUAAAAAUGAGACACAAGUUGCAUGAAAUUGGUAUAGUGUAAAAUUGUUUCAAUAUAUUUGAUUCACAAAUAUAAAAGGCCUUUGUUUGCACUUUUAUACUGAUUCUUAUUAUUAGAUGCUUGCAAUCAAUAAUUUAUAGUUAUGUACAACAUAAAAAACGAUAAUUUUAAUUUUGUAACGUAGUUCUGCAUGUAACUUUUGUUUAUUUUCAAUAUUUAUUACGAAAAUGACAAUGUUAAUAAAAUUAUAUCCCCGUUUA